AUGUUUUUUUACCCUUUGCUUUGUUUUCUUCUCUUAAUUGAAACAUCUCAUUUUGUUGAUUUUCAUUAUUUAAAAUAUUUGAAUUUUGUUGUUCAGAAAUGUGAUCAAAAUCAGUUGAAUUUAUAA